AUGAUAGAUGAAAUCAUAAUUACAUUAUUACCAAGUCUUUUCGAGCAAUUCAGUCCUGAUGACCAGGUCGUUGAUGAAUAUACAUUUACUAAAUUUUUGGGCUAUGAAGAAGCCAAAAGACAACUUGAUGAUCAUUGGUCAUCUUGGGUAACAGAACAUGACAUAAAAAAGCUUGCAUCCUACGGAUUAAAUCAUCUUAGAAUACCUGUAGGUUAUUGGGCCUUCGAAAAGAAGCCAUCUGAUCCAUUCGUUAUGGGCGCGUUUCAAUAUUUAGUGAAAGCUGUUAGAUGGGCAAAGAAAUAUGGUUUGAAAGUCACUGUCGAUUUACACGGUGCUCCAGGUUCUCAGGAUGGUUAUGCUUUUACUGGUAGACAAGGCCCCAUUGAAUGGCAAACUGAUGAUAAUAUACAACUUACGCUUAAAGUCAUCAAAAACAUAACAACGACAUUUAGUCAUCCUGAGUUUAAAAACACUGUUAUCUCCAUUGGCGUGCUUAAUGAACCAGCUCUUUCUGUAGAAAGUCAAUUUCAAGAAUAUUUUAAAGAAGCCUAUAAUUUAAUUCGUGAAAUAAACAGUGACAUUUUGAUAUUAUAUGACGCUACUAUUUUUUCGGUUUUUGAAUCGAUUGAUAUUUCGGUAGAUUUUAUAGAAUCUUCAAAAUUCAAACGUGCAGUAUUGGAUACUCAUCUUUAUAAUGCAUUUACAUGCGAUUUUGUGUCAAUGAGCACCGAUGAUCAACUUUCCACCGUUUGUUCAAAUAAAGAUAAUAUUACUUCUACUAGUAAGACUGUUCGAAGAUUCGUGGGUGAAUGGAGUCUUGGUACAACUGAUUGUACGAAAUGGUUAUUGGGUGUUGGUAAUAGUUCAAGAUGCAACUACCCUAACGGUACGUGCCAGUCUGAAGAUGAUUAUUUGAAUUGGACUCCCGAAUAUAAAAGUUAUUUGAAACAAUAUGCAUCAGCUCAAAUGAACGCUUAUGAAGCCGGGAUUGGUUGGACCUUUUGGAAUUUCAAAACUGAAGAUUCGGCUCAUUGGAAUUUCAUGCUUGGUGUCGAGCAAGGUUGGAUACCACUUACUCCUGGACAACGGACAUAUAACUGUACUUAA